AAAAAAAGCGUCUCGUCUGCCACAAAGAAAACACUUAUCCAUCCAACACACUCCCAUACCCUCGCGCUCGUUCUUCCCGCAAUAUUUCACGCAAAUAUGGUGUCUUCAAUCUUCAGCUUUGUGCUUCGCGGCGCACAAGCCCUCUUCGGCAUUGUUGUCCUCGGUCUGAGCGUAACACUGAUCCGCGGCCACCACUGGGGCGAUCUUCCCGCCAGUCUCGGUUUUGGCACUUUUAUCGGCGGUCUCUCGUUUGUAGCUGCGCUUGCCGGGGUAGCUGGGAUCUGGUUUGAAUUUCUGGGCGGCAUGGUUGGACUUGUUAUUGAUAGCGUGGUUGCGCUGGUCAAUCUUGCUGGUGGAGUGCUGUAUGCCAUCAAGCUCAAGGGCGUCAAGUGCGAUGGGAAUCCCCAAGAUACGGAAAACGUGGUGAAGCUGCUCAAAAACGAAUGGUUCAAUGGCGGCUGCAGAAAGUACAACGGCAAGUUGUUCUGCUGGAAUGGAUCCAACCACACUGCCAAGCAAUUUCUGGAUACGUGUGUGGGCCACUGCAAGGAGGCUCAGGCCGACACUGUCUUUAUGUUUCUGACAGCUGUUGUCGCCAUUGUCUGCGGGCUGCUGGUGUGGCUGAGGAUGAGGAAGGGUUACUAAGUGGAACAGCAAAGGCUCCACAUAUCUCAACCCCCAAAUCCUCACUACAACUCUAAUCAGUCCCUGAGAAUGUUUUCCACGACACUUUCCCCAUCCCACUAUACCCAAGUAUCCGUAUACCCAAUUCGCUAUCCUUAUAGUCCCCCCCAAUCGUCCCGAGCAAGAAAACGCAAAGCACGAAGAGGCACAUGAUGAAUAUUUUACACUCAACAAAAAUAAAUAAUCUACC